AUGUUGGGAUAUUUUAACAAACGUAUCCAGGACUAUCUGGUGGAGCGGAAAAGUCGCAGAGCCAGGCUAGUGACUAAAGAUGGCCGCUGCAACAUUGAAUACGGAAACUUCAAGUACAGCAGACACUUUGCCUUCCUGGCUGACUUCUGGACCACCUUUGUGGAGAUCCGGUGGCGUUUUGUCCUCUUCCUCUUCAUCGCCUCUUUCACCCUGAGCUGGUUCAUUUUUGGCCUCCUGUGGUACUGGAUCGCCCGCAAUAAUGGAGACCUGGAGUGGCAAAACCCUCAAAAUGACCACACUCCAUGUGUUUAUAAUGUUGUGGGACUCACCACGGCAUUUCUCUACUCCCUUGAAACCCAAACAACCAUCGGUUAUGGUGGCAGAGCGCUGACCCCUCUCUGCCCGGGGGCCGUUGCCCUCAUCAUCAUCCAGUCUCUCGUCGGUGCAAUCAUCAACUGUUUCAUGUGUGGAGUCAUCCUGUCCAAAAUCUCUUCGCCCAAAAAGAGAGCCAAGACCAUCACAUUUAGUGAUAUGGCGGUCAUUAGCCCCAAAAACGGUACUCUAUGCCUGUCCAUCAGAGUUGCCAACCUGCGCAAGACACUGAUGAUCGGAAGCCAGAUCUAUGGCAAACUGUUGAGAACGACGAUAACACCAGACGGGGAGACGAUUAUCAUGGACCAGGUGAACAUUGACUUUAUGAUGGACGCUGGGAAGGACAAUCUCUUCUUCAUAUGUCCUCUAACGCUCUACCACGUCAUCGACAAGAGCAGCCCCUUCUUUGAGAUGGCAGUGGACACGCUCAACAAACAAGAGUUUGAGCUUGUCGUCUUUCUGGACGGCACUGCAGAGUCCACCAGCUCCUCCUGCCAAGUCCGGACCUCCUUUAUUCCUCAGGAGAUCAUGUGGGGCUACAACUUCCUGCCCAUCAUCUCCAGAAGCAAGGAGGGCAAGUACAGAGUUGAUUUCUCCAACUUCUCCAAGGUGGUGCCAGUGGCCACCGCACACUGUCCCUACUGUUUUCACAAUAUCAAGGGUCACCAUCAUCACUCCAGAGAUGGAAAUGACAACCCGGGCUUUGAGGUGAUUGAUAUGAAUGAUCCCACUACUCUCACAAAGAUGUAAGGAGAUGCAUAUAAUUCAAUGAACAGUAAAAACUGAGACUCUCUACAGUAAGAGGCCUUAACCCUCUCAUUGAACAACUCAUCAAGACUCCAAAAGGACUAACAGCUGCUGGGGUCAGCUGGGAUUACCUAAUCGCAGGCAGCCCAUUGUUUAGCAUUUCAAUACCUGAAAUCCUCCUUAUUUGUCAUUCUAUUGUGUUUAACACAGAUAAGAAAGACGUCUGUGUGGCAGGACAGUUAUUGUGGACUAUUUGUAUAUCAAACCACACCUGUCACUGUGUGCUGACCAAAAACCUGUUUUCAAAAGAGAGUCCAGGUCAUGCAAGGUGGUUAGGCUACAAAUCAAGAAAAUGAAAGUUUUCCAAAUAACUCACAAAAAAAGAGGGUUAGUUGUUAUAAUUUACCUACAGUCUGUCACAUUUGACUAUCUGACAAAGGAGAAGCACA